CUAUGGUCGGAGGAGAUGGUGCUUUCAUUUCUCAGGAGUCAACAGUGAUAACUCCCAAUGGGUUCCGUGUUUCUGGUACCUUUCGAGGUCUUUGUUGCAUAACGUACCAGACAGCUAUUAGUUUGGUGAGCUGCAGUAGUCAAUUUUGUUGGGUUUCGUUUAUACAUUUUCAGCGAAUUAAACUAUGUCAAACGACUUGGUCUCUGCUCGUCCUUAGACGCCGAUUUUCACACUCCCCCACUGCCGGUGAAUCGGAUACAAUGCCGGAUAUCCUUGUAGAUCAAAGUUAAUUGGGCAUGGGACCACUGGGCGUCUAUUGAAUCGCCUAUCAUGUCUACCAUCACCUCAACGCCGAACCAUCCCACCAUGUCAACCUGCUCUGCUAUAUUACAGAAGGAUUCACCGACCGAGCAGCAAGGAAACGAGGCCGGGGAAGAAUACAUGCAUCCGAUCACAGUCGCCAUCGAGCAAUCUGGGUUCACAGAACUAAGAUAUCUGAAUAGUCUCAGAACCCUGGGCCAAGAAAGUGCAGUUAUGGAACGUCACUAUGAAAGACAACAACACACUGCUGACGGCGCCGACCACACUAUGACUCGCUCGUGGUUUUUGCGGAUGAAACAGAUCAUGCAGGAGAUCGACCGAUUUUGUCCUGUAUGUGGCAUUAUGAGCGGGGAUUUCCGAUUUUUGGAUCUAGGUUGCUGCCCCGGCGGGUUUUCGUCGUACAUUCUUGAUAAGAACACCCAAGCCAGUGGCUUCGGUAUUUCCUUAUCUCCUCAAGAAGGCGGUCAUCCUUUUCUGAUGGAUGAAAGUCUCCUGAAUCGCUACUCCAUCGUAUUCGCAAACAUAGCUAGGUUCGAAUUAGGCCCCAGCUCCGACCCUGAACUUCUUCCCACCCCUGCCAGGACCUUCGACCUCGUCGUUAUGGACGCCAGCCACCUUCGCAAUCAACCGCAGAGGGCGGCUCAUAAGGUCUAUAUAUCUGAGCUGAUCCUAGGACUCAGAGCCGUAAAAAUGGGAGGAUCGAUUGUUCUUAAACUUCACCGUCCAGAAUCAGAUUACUCAGCGCGUCUUCUUUACCUCCUCGAUAAGGUGUCUUGGAGAAUCAAGACGUUCAAACCAAUGUCCAUUCACAAGGAUCGUGGUUCGUUCUACGUUAUCGUCCGCGGUGUUGGUUUGGAUGUGCACCACCGGCCCUCAUUCGAACGGCAGGCUCUGUUGUCUCGCGCGGUGGAAUCGUUCCAGAUGCUUUGGGUCGAUUUGGGCGAGGAGGGGAGAGAAAGGGAUUUAGUUCCGGAGGAUUUGAAUUUUAUCAUCACCGUAGACGAUCUCGUGAAAGAGUAUACAGAUCGUUUGGGAUGGCUCGGUCGUAAAGUCUGGGAGAUCCAGGCAAGAGCACUUGUGGCGUUAUUCAGGAGGGAAGGGAUUGCAGUCGAUUAGUCCUAUGAUCUAUCAGCGAUAGCAUGAUUCUCGUUUUUCCGUUAUAAUCGUACACUUCACGGGUGUAAGCAAUUGUACAGGGCACCUCGUUUCAUCUCCGCUGAGACGAGCAGCACACAAGGACUAGCAGUGUAACGGGCUUACUCCAAAACCUAUCAUCCUCUAGUAUCCAAUCAUCAAUUCCCAUUCUCUUUCCUUCAUUCACUAUGUACUAGUAUAUCACUCUUAUGCGUAGCGACAUUGUAGGAGAUUAUACGUACCAUGAAAUGCCAUUUCUUCCUUUCCGUUG